AUGCCACAGGGCAUGUCGGGGCAACGCCUGCGCCAGCACCCGCCCCGCGCGGACCUCUCCCACAGCUUACGCGGGGCCAUUCUGCCCGAGCAGCGGAGCUCCGCGCACGAGCACUGGUACCGCGCGACGGGCCCGCUCGACCAGAAAGUGUUGGACGAGGAGGAGCGGAUCUACCAGGAGUUGCAGGGGGGCGACGCUGGCGACCAGGCGGCGCGCCUCCUGGAGAAGCGCCAGGCUGAGAGCCGGGAGCGGGUCCGGGCUGCGCUGGCGACCCUGCUCAAGGAGGACCUCCUGCGCAUCGAGCGCUGGGGCAGCGACGUUUCGGCGGUCCUGCUCGCGGUCGACGGCCUGGAGGGGCAGCUGAAGCAGGGCUCGUCCAGGGACGGCGCGGCCCGGGCGCCCAAGAAGGGCAAGGCGGCCGCCGGGCCUCCGGCCGGGGGCAGCGCGGCAAGGCCGCUGAGCAGCGAGCAGAUCCUCGAGGUGUCGGCGCAGGUCGUCGAUGACCUCGACGAGAUCAAGCGGCAGGUGGAGUGCGCCCAGAAGGUGCAGCUGUCCCUGGAGCAGACCGCGCGCGGGGCGCACGGCGGCGCCGCCGCGGUCCAGGCGGCGGACCUGGAGGACGGGCUCGCCGAGGCGGCACGGGAGGUGGAGUGGAUCCGGGAGCACAGCGCCUCAUGGGUCGAGCGCGCCCAGUCCGCGAGGGGGCUCGAGCCCGCCGUGGCCCUGCUGACGCGCACGCAGGAGGCCGUGCGGGAGCUGCUGCUGAACAUGCCGCCGGGCCUCCUCCCCCCGAACGUCCACGAGUGCCUCAGCGGCAGCGACGCCCAGAUGGAGCAGCUGUGCGGGGAGCUCGGCGCGCAGGCGCGGUGGGCGGCGCAGCUGCAGGCCGAGAGCGAUGCCUUCGGCGCGCGGGCUCUGAGCCUGCAGGACCUCCACGAGCGCCACCGCGCCCGUCUGGGGCAGUGGCUCUCCGAGGAGCUGCGGAGGCCCGCGGAGGCGCUGGAGGAACCCCUGCAGAGGGCUCGGGACGGGCUGCGGCAGCAGGGCGAGGAUGUCGCUGUUUUGGCGCGUGGCUUCCCGAUCCACUUCCUGGUGGGUGCGCGCGUGCGCGCGGUGCCGUCGGAGGCUGUGCGCAGGCAGGCGAAGGUCGGCGGGCACGACUAUUACCACGAGUCGUACUUUUGGUGUUUCCAUCGGACACAGGGCCGCGCUGGUCUUGUGCGGGUGGUCGCUGGCUCGCUCGACAUCACGGCCAUCGCCCUCUAUUUCCCGCCGCCUGGGCCUCGCUCUGGCACCGCCACAUGGAGACGCACGGUCGACGUGCUCCUCGAGUGGCUCAGCACCGUUCUCGACAGCGCGCCAGAGCGGUCCACCCGCGUGAUCUUCACGGACCUGAGCGACUCGUUCGCACAGGACGAGAUGGGUUGCCACUUCGCGCGCGUGGGGCCCUACGCGCAGACGCGCAUGGGCUACGCGGCCCGAGGGUUUUGA